AUGGCCCCAAAAGUUCUUGUCAUCCUUACUUCGCAAGCAUUUAUCCCAGCAAACAACCACCCUAGUGGAUGGUAUCUCCCUGAAUUCGCCCACCCAUUUUAUAUUCUGAAUGGCAAGGUUGAUAUACUUGUGGCGUCUCCUAAGGGUGGAGAAGCACCUCUAGCUCCUGAAUCUAUCAAGCUUUCUCAGAACGAUGCGAUAAGCAUGAAGUUUUUGAAAGAGCAGAAAGCUCUCUGGAGCAAUACAGUCAGACUCCACGAAAUGGUUCCCCGAGCAGAUGAGUUCGACGCACUUUUUUAUGUUGGUGGACAUGGGCCGAUGUUUGACUUGACCAACGAUUUCGAUAGCAUUGCCCUGAUUGAGAAUUUUGUGGCUGCUCAGAAGCCUAUCGCAUCCGUCUGCCAUGGACCAGCUGUUCUCCUUCAGGCAAAGACCCCAUCCGGUCAAUCCGUUAUUGAUGGUGUUGAAGUGACAGGUCUGUCAAAUGCUGAGGAGGACGCUGUUGGUACAACCUCAGUCAUGCCGUUUCUUUUAGAAUCAGAACUGGAUCGUGUAUCCGGUAAAUAUAUAAAGGCAAAGCCCUUCAGCGAAAAUGUUGUUGUUUCUCGGUCGGCCGGUAACGGUUCGCUUAUAAUCACUGGUCAAAAUCCGGCGAGUGCUGCAGCUGUUGGGGAGGAGAUUCUCAAAGCCUUGGGCCUAUGA